AUGGAAAUUAAGACUAUUUUCAUUGUAACUGAAAAUAACCAACUCGCUGAAAAUGAAGCUGCCGUUAUUAGAGAAAAUCUUAGGGAUUCUCAGUUAUCGACCUUAGAUAACACCAGAAACCCAGCUCAAGAAAAUACUGAGACUGAAAAAGGUCCUGUAGAGUCCACUGCUGGUUGCUCUAAAGAUAGCGGCGAUGUACCAUUUAUUAGUGUAGUAAAAAUUCUGCAAGUUAAACGUAGUACUAAAAAUAUAACUUCAAGAGGCAGAACGAAGCAACGGUCUGAAGUUCUUACUUCUACACCCUACAGUGAGGAACUUGAGGAAAAAGAAAACAAAAGACAGAAAAAAUUGAAAACUAUAUACCGAAAAUAA